AUGAAGACCGUGUUUAAAUCGCUUCUGCUUUUGCAUUUUCUCUUGCUACUCUUACUCUGUUUUGUCUCCCCUUCGAGCUUUUUCCUUCUAAAAGUUCCGGUUGGUGGUCUUGUUGCUUGUCGUCUCCGCCAGAGUCAAGCCUUUAUGCAGUUCAAGGACGAGUUUGAUACCCGCCAUUGCAACCACAGUGACGACUUCAAUGGAGUCUGGUGCGAUAACUCCACGGGUGCGGUCACAGUGCUACAACUCAGGGACUGUCUCAGUGGAACUCUGAAGUCAAACAGUAGCCUCUUCGGGUUUCAUCAGCUCCGUUAUCUUGCUCUCAAUCGAAACAACUUCACCUCUGCUUCGCUCCCUUCAGAGUUCUGCAAUCUCAACAAAUUAAAGCUCUUGUCUCUUUUCUCUAAUGGCUUUAUAGAUCUUUCCCAUAAUGAUCUCAUGGGUAGUUUCCCGCUGGUGCGAAAUCUAGGCAAGCUCGCAGUUUUAGACCUUUCGGAUAAUCACUUCUCUGGAACUCUGAAUCCCAACAAUAGCCUCUUUGAGUUGCACUCCCUCCGUUACCUGAAUCUGGCUUUCAAUAACAUUAGUUCCUCACUUCCUUCCAAAUUUGGCAAUCUCAACAAAUUAGAGGUCUUAUCUCUUUCUUUUAAUGGCUUUUCUGGUCAAUGUUUUCCCACAAUUAGUAACCUUACCCGGAUAACGCAGCUGUACCUCCACAAUAAUGAGCUCACCGGUAGUUUCCCACUUGUACAAAACCUAACUAAGCUCUCUUUUCUAGGACUUUCGGAUAAUCUCUUUUCUGGAACCAUUCCUUCUUACCUCUUCACUUUCCCUUCCUUAUCAACUCUUGAUCUGCGUGAAAAUGAUCUCUCCGGUUCUAUUGAAGUUCCUAACUCAUCUACCUCAUCUAAGCUCGAGAUCAUGUACCUUGGGUUUAACCAUCUUGAAGGAAAAAUCCUAGAGCCGAUCUCAAAGCUUAUCAACCUCAAGCGUCUCGACCUUUCUUUCCUAAAUACAAGCUACCCAAUUGACUUAAACCUCUUGUCUCCUCUCAAAUCUUUGUCUUACCUUGAUUUUUCGGGUAAUAGUUUAUCUCCAGCCAGUUUAAGUUCAAGUUCGUACAUCCCGCUGAGCAUGGAAAGCAUAGUCUUGUCGCUCUGCGGCAUCCGCGAGUUCCCAAACAUCUUAAAACAUCUUCAAAACUUGAUUCAUAUAGACAUAACCAGUAAUCAAAUUAAAGGAAAAAUACCUGAGUGGUUAUGGACCCUUCCUCAGCUAAGCUUCGUGGAUAUUUCCAAUAAUUCGUUCAACGGUUUCCAAGGUUCGGCAGAAGUUUUUGUAAACUUAUCAGUGCGGAUUUUAAUGUUGGAUGCAAACAAUUUUGAAGGAGCACUUCCUACUCUACCACUCUCUAUCAUCGGCUUCUCUGCGAUUCAUAAUAGUUUCACAGGAGAGAUACCUCUUUCAAUCUGCAACCGAACAUCUCUUACAAUGGUUGAUCUAUCCUACAACAACUUCACCGGUCCAAUUCCUCAAUGUCUUAGUAACUUCAUGUUUGUCAAUCUCCGGAAGAACGACCUGGAAGGAAGUAUCCCUGACACUUUCUAUACUGAUUCUUCUCUAAAAUCACUUGACGUUGGCUACAAUCGACUAACCGGAAAGCUUCCAAGGUCUCUUCUAAAUUGCUCCUCUCUGAGAUUUCUAAGCGUUGACAACAACAGAGUCAAAGACACAUUUCCUUUCUGGCUCAAGGCUUUACCAAAUUUGCGUGUCCUUACCCUUCGUUCAAACAAAUUCUACGGUCCUAUAUCUCCUCCUCAUCAAGGUCCUCUCGGGUUUCCAGAGUUGCGGAUAUUUGAGAUAGCUGAUAAUAUGUUUACUGGAAGCUUGCCACCAAGUUUCUUUGUGAAUUGGAAAGCAUCAGCCCUCACGAAGAAUGAAGAUGGCGGAUUAUAUAUGGUGUAUGAAUACGAUAAGGCUGCUAACAGUCCAGUUCGCUACACUUAUACAGAUACCAUAGAUUUGCAAUACAAAGGUCUACACAUGGAGCAAGAGAGGGUCCUUACUUCUUAUGCCGCCAUUGAUUUUUCUGGAAACAGACUACAAGGACAGAUUCCUGAAUCCAUUGGUCUCUUGAAGGCAUUGAUUGCGCUCAACUUAUCGAACAACGCAUUCACAGGCCAUAUUCCUCUGUCUUUCGCCAAUCUUAUGAAUCUCGAGUCACUAGACAUGUCAGGAAACCAACUCUCUGGGACUAUUCCUAAUGGACUUGGGAGCCUCUCGUUUUUGGUGUACAUAAGUGUGGCUCAUAACAAACUCAAAGGUGAAAUACCACAAGGAACACAAAUUACCGGGCAAAUUAAAUCAUCUUUCGAAGGGAAUGCAGGGCUUUGUGGUCUUCCUCUCCAGGAAACUUGCUUUGACUCUAGUGUGCCACCGAUACAACCAAAGCAAGAAGACGAAGAAAAAGGAGAGGUGAUUAACUGGAAAGCAGUAGCUAUAGGAUAUGCUCCUGGAUUGUUGUUUGGAUUGGCAAUAGCACAUCUCAUUGCUUCAUACAAGCCAGAGUGGCUCGUCAAAAUUAUUGGCUUCUGAAAAGCGCAAACACCGUUAGAGGAUUGACUUGGUUUUACGUGUGAUCUUUGAAUGUCUCUAUCAAAACGUUGCUGUUU